UCUUCGUCUUGGUCUUCUAGUUCUAGAUCUUCUCCCUGUUUCAUACAGCUUCUGUUUUUUUUUUUUAUAAAAAAAAAUCUCUUUUCAGUUUUUUUUCCUCUCGUGUUCUUCGGGUUGUACGUAAUUCAACAGUAACCGGUGAUUCAUUAGGACCAGCCUGGUGAUUUUGAAACUUCAGACAUGGGGAAGCGUUUGAAGAACGAGGAAUCGAGCCCUGGAUCAGGGAAAUAUGACCAUAAACAGGGCUGGUUGGCUGGAAUGCUUCAUGUGUUCGACUACCAUCACUGGAGAACUAAGCACUGUCGGAAACACCACCGUCCUGUCUGCUGGGGGACCCCGAGAACACAUUCUUUGGUUCGAGAGUUCGAUGAAAAGCAACGGUUUCUGAAUCCCCCGAUGGACGAUCCGAAGCGGAUUGAGGCUGCAGGGAGGCCUAAUAGGCUUACAAAGUUGAAUAACAAGACAGGUAAAGAUUUACAACAGAAGCAGCAUGUUCAGGACUAUGUGGAUAUCAUCGAGAUCUUGGAGAACAAGGAGAUAUUUGUCAAGAUCCUGAAAAAUCGAGAUUCGGGUCUUGGGAAGCAGUUCCAGAUCAAGCAGAGUCCUAGAAAUUUGACAAAGUCGGGUUCGUUUCCUCUCCCGGGUUCUUCCCGUGCUUCGAGCCUUAGGCCUACUACUACACUUGAGCACAAGAAGAAAGAGCAUUGGCGUGCUCCAAAAGAAGAGAGUUCAGUUCUGACACUGUACGUUCCAAGAUUCGGUGUCAGCAUCAGUCCUAAGGAACAAAACCCAAUCUCUCCUUCUUCUUACUCAUCCGGGAGAUCCGAUGAUCAUGGAUUCAGCCAUGCAGUGAAGAAUGGCUUUAGAGGUGUCAAGAACUGGCUCAAGAGCGUGAUUAAGGACAAGAAAAACAAAAGGAAGCUUCCACCGGCUCGCAGACACGAAAAGGGUGAUGUCGGGAGAGAGGAAUAUCGUCCCGUGAGACGAGCAAUCUCUCUCAAUGAUUCUUUAGAGCGUUACUCUCAGCUAAUGGAGCAGAGUUCCAGAAGAGAAGCUGGGUUGCAUUCUAAGAGCUUGAAGCUUUUGAAUGAAGAGAAUAAGAGCGCUUCAAGAAGCGAUAAACCGAGGUUCUUUAGAAGGAUUUCGUCAUUGUCCAGCCUCGAGUCUCUUGGUUCAUUCCUGACAGAGUUGUCCCACGACAGUACUGCUUCUUCUAAUCCGGAAACUGGGAAAUCCAGCUUUGGAACAAAACGUUCUGCAUCUCAGAAGAACGCGGUACACGAAACGGAAAGUAGUGAUACCAAAGAUUUUCUUGAGAGACCAAUAUCAAGUGAAGAGAGUGCUGAAGCAAUUCCCACAGCAAGUGAAUUCCUUGGCGCAGAAGCAAAAGAAAAUGGGGAAGAGGAAAAAGAAAGAAGCCACGAAGAUCAUAGAGAGGUCAUCCCAGAAAUUCCCGACAGAGAAACAGAGGGACAAGACCCUGAUUCAGUUCCCGGUUCCGGUUCCUCUGAAAAUGCUGCGAGAAAGUCAGAAACUUUGCUUUCAAAAGGUUCAGAUCCAAAUUCCAGUGACUUCCGGACCAAUGCACACGGUUCUUGGCUGGGGUCGCAGAGCAAAUCCAAUUUCCAGAACGAUCAAGAAGAGCUCUUUGCAGAACUCAAGAAUUUCAACCAUGAAGAUGAACAAGAAGAAGAGGAGGAAGACACCUACUUACGCUACGUGAAGAACGUGUUAGAGCUCUCAGGCUUCCUCGAAGGACAAUGGCAUUCAGAGGAUCAACCACUGAACCCAUCACUCCUCUGCAAGCUCGAGCCAUGCACACGUGAAGAAGACGACGAGCUUCUCUUCCAUCUGGUUAACGAGGCGAUCCUCGAGACUCACAACCAAUCACACACAUAUUUCCCUCGAGCCUUUUCCUUCUCACGCCACGUCUAUUCCACGCCAACGGGGAAGCAUCUUCUGGAAAAAGUGUGGGGGAGAGUUCAGUGGAGCCUCUCCGGCAUGCGGGCUGACGACAAGAGAGAUUGCUCUUUGGACGAUCUUGUCGGGAGAGAUCUUGGAAAAGCUGAUGGGUGGAUGAAGGUUCAAGCCGAGGCUGAAUGGUUGGCACUUGAGCUUGAAGAUCUGAUUUUUUAUGAAAUUUUGGAUGAGUUGGUUUGCGUUUGUUCAUAGCUACAUUCAAUCUCAAUGCCAAUUUUUUUUAAUAUAUAUAUAAUAUACACAUGUCAUUUUGUCUGAUUGUUUGUAAUAUUAUUCUUUAGAUGUGUAAUGAAAAGAUACUAUAUUUGGAUU